ARGCUCCCCUUGCGCGUCGUUUCUAUGAUAUUCCCCGAUCUGCACACUCUUGGAAUGUUUGGCUACUCUCUCAUCUGGGUUGCUACUGUGUAGCUAUGUUCUAUCAUUCUGUGGAAUGGGUAGCGCAAGCAGUUUGCCUGGACGACUGGAAAAAUCCAUGGAGCCGUCUACUACAGUACUGUGCAAUUCCAGCUAGCUGGACUCUGGACAGCCAAGUCUGAUCCGUCAAGGCAGUCAGGCAGAUACAGAAUAGCAUCGGUUUCAAAUAUUGCAUUAAUCAUGGCUGAUUUUGAGGAAUUCGAAAAACAGCUGAGCGAGAACCGACAGGAGAGAGAGAAGGAGAGACGCAAGAAGAYGAGCGGCAGUGGGURUCAGAGCCYCAGUGAGAAACAUCGCAGCUGGAGCAAAGACCGUGGCAACCGGAGCCGAGAGAAGCGAAGCCGCAGUAGAGACAGGAAGAGCCGGGAGCAGAGGAGCACCUCGCGGGAUCACAAGAAGCACAGCUAUUCUCCACGAAGAACAAGGAGGAAAAGGACCUGCAGAUACUGGGAUGUGCCUCCCCCUGGCUUUGAACACAUCACACCAUUGCAGUACAAAGCUAUGCAAGCGGCUGGGCAGAUKCCCAKAAUAGCCCUGRUGGCAUCAUCUGKCACGAGUGGGUUGGCAGUAACACCCACCCAAGUGCCCWUAGUUGGCAGUCAGAUGACUAGGCAGGCUCGACGUCUCUAUGUUGGCAAUAUUCCCUUUGGUGUGACAGAGGAGUCCAUGGCAGAAUUCUUCAAUGCCCAAAUGAGGCUUGCAGGCCUAUCGCAAGCCCCUAGCAUCCCUGUGCUUGCUGUGCAGAUAAAUCAGGAUAAAAACUUUGCAUUCCUAGAGUUCCGGUCUGUCGAUGAGACCACACAGGCCAUGGCUUUCGAUGGAAUAAUUUUCCAAGGUCAAUCGUUGAAGAUAAGACGACCACAUGACUACCGGCCCCUACCUGGCAUUUCAGAGCAACCUGCUUUUCAUGUCCCAGGUGUCGUGUCCACAGUGGUACCAGACUCCCCACAUAAACUGUUUAUUGGAGGCCUACCCAACUAUCUCAAUGAUGAUCAGGUGAAGGAGCUCUUGACAUCAUUCGGACCACUCAAAGCUUUCAACCUUGUCAAGGACAGUGCCACGUCACUAUCCAAAGGUUAUGCCUUUUGUGAAUAUGUUGACAUCAGUGCGACUGAUCAGGCGGUGGCUGGGCUCAAUGGCAUGCAACUGGGUGACAAAAAGCUCAUCGUCCAGAGAGCAAGUGUGGGGGCCAAAAACYCCAAUCCGUCUGCCAUCAUCGAGACCCCGGUGACGCUGCAGGUGCCUGGGCUGCAGGGACUUCAGAACUCUGGGCUGCCCACGAUCUUUGUGGAGUACGUUUCUGCUGUAGACUGUCAGAAAGCCAUGCAGGCCCUCACUGGCCGCAAGUUUGCCAACAGAGUGGUGGUCACCAAAUACUAUGAUCCAGACAUGUAUCACAGACAGGAGUUCUCAGGGUAGAGGGGAAACAGGAGGCAAUACAUGGAAUUAACUGGGACCUCCUCUUUCCUGCUUCCUCAAACCUGGUUUCAGCUCUUCAGUAUUGUGUGUUCUCUCUCCAGUAUUCACAGCUAGUACGUUGUAACCCUAUCCUCAUUUACUACAGUAGUACAGAUUUUUGGGAAAAAACACUAGAUUUUUACAUGCGUCUUUUAGAUACUCUAACUGAUAUAUUACACCAACAAAACAUAUCUGUGUGCAGUGAAUGAAUUUAGUCUGAAAUGUAUACAAAUAAAUAAAACCAUGCUAUUUGUGUAGGAUUCCCUUUGCAGAAGUAGUAUGAAUGUCAUGUGUACUUAGAUCUAAAACCAGACUACUGUAACAUAGCCAGUGUUGCUGUCUUUCUUAACUCUGGAGUCAAUGAGAUGAUACAAAAGUGAAAUGUUUAGAUUUCUAUUCUGAGCACAAGCUGUUUUCUUAUUUUGUCUCUUAACUUAAAGAAUUGUUAAGUCGAGAUGUACCUAUAUUUGAUAGCUAUCAUACUUUCACUGUGUGAUACUGAGAAGUAACUAACAGUGAAGUGUUAUUGUAUACCCCCCAGAGUCAGAUGAACUUGUGAAUGCCAUGUUUAUGUCUCUGCAUCCAGUAUGAAGGAAGUUAGGGGUAGUUUCACGAGCCAAGUACCAUAGACUUCCAAUCAUUGCAAUCAUUGCAAUCAUUGCGCUAGCAACUUCCUUCAAACUGCACGUAGAGACAUAAAAAUGGUUUCCGCAGGUUCAUCUCACUCUAGGGAAGUUUAAAACUGAAACACCUAAAACUUGUGUUAGAAAAACACUCUCAACACUAAUAAUUACAAAGAGUGAACAAAAUAAUUGUUUCAACAAAGUCAUGAUUUGGGCAUUUUCACAGCGGUUUAAACCCAUAACCUUGACAUUUGAUGAUUGUUUUGUGUUCGUGCUCUGGAUUAAGAAUUUGUGUCAUUUAGAUUGUAGCAAAAAAUUACAAGGUCACAAAAAUACCAUACUGGCAAUAGAAAUGGACAUUAUGAAUAGUUUUUUGAAUAAGAAAUAUUUGGUCAUCCUACAGGAAAGGAUGAGGAGAUUUUAGAAGAUGUGCUUUUAAUUUCUGUAAAUAAUGUAUGUAGCUAAUGUAUAUCCUGUGUUUUUGUUAUCAGAUGCUUUCGCAAUUGUAUGGAAGAAAAUUGGUUAAUUUAUUUUUACCCAAAGGUUUUUUAAGCUUCAUGAAAAUUGCAGACGUGAGUUGAUCCAACAUUGUCGUAUGACAGUAAUUCAUAUCAUUCAUCAUUACAGUUAGACUACCUUUGAGUGUUUUAUUAUGUACUGUAUAUCACAUACGAUUACAACAAAAACAGUAUGCUUCAUUAUGGGUACAUUGGAAAUCAGCUUUCAACUAAAUACAUGCAGUUCAUUGAUUCAAAAMAAUUAUAAAUACUGUUUUUGUAAAUGUGGUUUUGAAUGUGCCAAAACUGAAAGCAUUUUUAUGUACACAUCUAACCUGCCACUGCCAUGCCUUGAAUAAAUGCCUGCAUCCUC